UGAAUUUGCUCCGCUAGAGAUCGUAGAUCUCGACAGCGACGACGAGUACGAUCCGUUAUUUGACGACGACCCUCCACCUCGCAAGAAAAAAGGCAAGGAAAAGGCGGUCACCCCCAAGACCCUCAAGACCGUGUGUGCAAUGUGCAAGGAUCCGCUGGUGAUGGGUGCGACGACCGAGGACCGGCGAAACUAUGCCCUACGAUGUGGUCACAUUGUGGACGGCAAAUGCCUAUGGAACAUUGCCAAGCCAGCUGGUGCUCAGGAGCCGGAAACGAUGGAAGCUGAGCACGAUAUUGACGAUCAACCCAUCCCCGGUCCCUCCACCGCCCCUCAACUGGACCUCUCUGACCCCUUUUUCCCCACUCUCCGUGAACCCAUCUCCAACCGUAAAAAGACGCGACGAAAUGGUCGAAAUGAGACCAAACUCAAGAGCCGCAAGGUACCCAAGUCCAGAGGGAAACUCCGCGAAGAAUUGUUUGAAUGGACAUGUCCCGUUCCUGACUGUGGGCGGCAACACCUCAGUGUGCGUCUUCUUAUGGAGGGUGCAAAGUGGAAAUGCGACCCAGAGAAGGGAGCCGUCUUGAUGUUUGUAUAG